UAUUUGGGAAGGAUAAACAAAAAGCAUGCACAAAAACAUGGAGCGUUUGGACGACUAUUCUAUUCGAAAAAUAACAUCCAAACAAGAUUUUGAAAAGGCCAUCGACAUUAGAGUGCAAGUAUUUGUAGAGGAACAGAACUGUCCGCCAGAUACCGAACCAGAUGCUCACGACGACCACUGCAUUCACUUUCUCGCCUAUCAUAACUCUAUCCCCGUCGCAACGGCCCGUCUCCUACCACUUCCCCAACACACAGGACCUCGUAAACGAGGAAAGCCAGGGCGCAUUUGUGUCCUGAAACAAUAUAGAUCAAAAGGUCUCGGAUCACGUAUCUUGGGGGCCCUCGAAGAAGAGGCCCUUGAAAUAGGUCUAGAAGAGUUGGAAUUGCAUGCUCAAUGCGAUAAGGUUGCGUUUUACGAACGGCAUGGGUACAAUAGAGUAGAUGAUGACACGUUCCUCGAGGACGGGAUUCUGCAUUGUGUCAUGAUAAAAAGCCUAUUGUAAAAUAAAUAUACUCGAGCCGUUUGGGGACCCUUGUAACAGUAGGUGAAUGCACGAAACUAGUAUGAAAAACCUUUGCUCCUUUGAAC